UGCAGCAAUGCAGUAAAGGAAGAGUAGCUUGCUUGCUGACUGCAUGUCUGUCGUGCAGGUUGGGAUGUUCACCUACACCCCAAACAAGGGACAGCAAAGCCGCUCAGGAUGAACGACAAGGACGAAACAUGAGACGCGAAUGAAGACAGCAGGAUGUCUUUUAAGAAGGACACACCGCUGUCCAAUGCUGUGUUCUGGGCCGCCCACAAGGGGAACCUGGCUCUACUCCAGCUGCUGCUCAACAGUGGACGUGUGGACGUAGACUGCAAAGAUAAAUGUGGAACCACAGCCGUGAUGGUGGCGUCCUACAGCGGCCACAGAGAGUGUGUCAAAGAACUCAUCAUGCAAGGAGCUGACAUCAACUACCAGAGAGAGACAGGUUCGACCGCUCUGUUCUUCGCCUCCCAGCAAGGUCACAAUGACGUUGUCAAGCUCCUUUUUGAAUUUGGAGCUUCCACUGAAUUCCAGACAAAGGAAGGAGGCACUGCUCUCACUGCCGCGUCGCAGCACGGCCAUGCCAAAGUGGUGGACACACUGUUGAAGAAUGGCGCCAACGUUCACGAUGAGCUGAAUGACGGGGCCACCCCGCUGUUCCUGGCGGCACAGGGGGGUCAUGUGACCGUCAUCCGCCACCUGCUGGCAUCUGGUGCCAAGGUGAAUCAUCCAAGAGAGGAUGGCACUGCCCCCCUGUGGAUGGCAGCCCAGAUGGGACACAGUGACGCGGUGAGGGUGCUCCUUUUACGUGGUGCAGAUAGGGACGCCUACAGAGAAGAUGGCUCCACAGCGUUAUUUAAAGCAGCUAUGAAGGGACACAAUGAUGUCAUCGAGGAGCUACUCAAGUUUUCUCCUUCACUUGGCCUCCUCAAGAAUGGCUCCACGGCCCUCCAUGCUGCUGUCCUGGGAGGGAAUUUCCAAAGUGUUCAACUUCUGCUCCGCGCCAAUGCAGACCCCAUGCUUGCCAACAAGAAUAAUGAAUUCCCGGCCGAUGUGACCAAAAGCCAACGUAUACUGAGAGCUUUGCGCCCGAAAGCCUUAAACGUGGCCGUGGAUGACAAUCAUGGCUCCUGCUUGCGCGUCUGCCUGCACUGAAAGGAGAGCAAAACUGUGUCAAAACGACAAUAAAGCAUUAUCUUGUGCUUGCUUAAACUGGGCCUGCAGUGGAACUGCCAUAACUGAAUUCUAUGUAGUACAGCACAAAUAACAAUCCAGGCAAAAUGUGUACCAUCACUAUCAUAUUUGUCAUAAUAGUUCAGUAUUUUUAUCACUCUUGAUUUGGCUUUUUGAUACAUCCAUUACAGUUUAUGUUUAAUAAGUAAUAGUGUGCAUGUUUUUGGAUGUAAAUAAUAAAAUCCAGAUGCAACA